UCCAGCUGCAGCACCCUUGGGACACUGGGCAGCCCCCAGACAGUCCAGCUCCUGCGCCUCAACCUUGGGGAUGCUGCUUCUGCUGCUGCUGCUGCCACCCCAGCUUGGGGCAGGGUCGGCAUUGCUGAAGAAUCCAGAGUACCAGGUGCAGCUGCAGGGCUUGGUGAUGGUGCAGGAAGGGCUGUGUGCCCUGGUGCCCUGUUCCUUCAGCUUCCACAAGGCUGGCAGAAACAACUCGAAAUCCACCCCCCUCUACUGGUUCCGCAAGAAUGAAAGUCACCAGAAUGGUCAGGACUAUGUCCUGGUGGCCACAAGCGGCCCCACCAAGAAGGCCCAGGUUAAGGUCAAGUCCUCGUUCCAUCCUGUUGGCGACCCCAGAGCCCACAACUGCACACUGAGCAUUGAGGCGCCCCGGCGCACAGAGAGUGGCUUCUACUACCUGCAGCUGGGCCAAAGGAAUUUCUCGGCCAGGGCCAGGAACCUGCUGGUCCUGAGCGUGACGGAGCUGACACAGACCCCUGAGAUCCACAUCGACCAGCCCCUGGCGUCUGGGCAGAGCAGCAGCCUGAGGUGCUCCCUGCCUGGGGCAUGUGCCCACGGGGGGCCGCCCAUCGUCUCCUGGCAUGGGGAGGUUCUUGGGCCCCUGGGCAUGGUCACCAACUCCUCCGAGAUCUCGCUGGCCCCCCGCCCGCAGGACCACGGCACCCAGCUCACCUGCCGGGUCACUGUGCUGGGAGCCAACGUGAGCACAGAACGGACCAUCACUCUCAAUGUGUCCUAUGCGCCCCAGAACCUGACCCUUAGCGUCUUCCGAGAAGACUGUGCAGAAAGAAGAGAGCUGGACAACGGUUCCUCCAUCGUGGUGAAGGAAGGCGCAUCCCUGGUCCUGGUCUGUGGUGCCCACGGCAACCCUCCCCCCAGGCUGAGCUGGGUCUGGGGGAGCAGGCUGCUACCUCCCGCCCAGUCCUCAGGAGCCGGGGUCCUGGCGCUGCACCCCGUGGAGCAGAAUCAUGAAGGCAAAUUCACCUGCCGAGCGGAGCACCCCAGGGGCUCCCUGCACGCUUCCUUGCAUCUCUUUGUGGGCACCUCCCCGCAGCUGCUGGGCCCCUCCUGCUCCUGGGAGGCCCAGGACCUACACUGUAGCUGCUCCUCCCACGCCCGGCCCGCCCCUGCCCUGCGCUGGUGGCUGGAUCAGGGGCUGCUGCUGGAGAACCGCAGCAACGCCUCCUUCCAGGUCACCUCCAGCUCCCAGGGGCCCUGGGCCAACAGCUCUCUGAGCCUCCGGGAGGGCUUUGGCACCGGCCUCACGGUCCGCUGCGAGGCCCAGAAUGUCCAUGGGUCCCAGAGUGCCUCAGUUCUGCUCAUGCCAGGGCAGCCUGGGCUCUCGGGAGGAAUUGUCCUGGGAGCCGUCGGUGGAGCUGGUGUUGCCAGCCUGCUCGCUCUGUGUCUCUGCUUCCUUGUCCUCACUGUGAAGGCCUGCAAGAAACGGGCCCCUGAGAAGGUAGCUGGCCGGGACGAGGCCCCUGCCCCUUCUGGUCCAACCUCCUGGGGAUUUCAGCUUGAGCACCUCUCAGGUGGCCCCCCAGACCCCCCCAUGGACUCCUUGGGUCCCAGGGAGAAGCCUGAACUCCACUACGCAGUGCUCAACUUCCAGGGGCUCAGGCCCUGCGCCCCGGUCCAGGCGGCGGCCAGCACUGAGUACGCAGAAAUCAGGACCCACAAGUGACGGCACCAUCUGCUCCGAGGGCAUCGCUGUCCACAGGCGUGGCUAGGCGUGGGGUGCAGGCGGGGUUCAGAGUCCACACCCCCCUCUCGAUCCUCUGGUAACCCCAACUCACGGGUGCAGGUGGGAACGUGAAAAUGAGAGCAUGCCUCUUCCUGGCGCCCCCUGACACAGGCUUCGAAGCAGCCCCAGGCUCUGCUGUGACUGACCCCCUCCUUUUGCCCCUGUGCUCCCCUAGCCUGUGUCCCAUGAAAGCUCCUUCCCAGCCUGCAAUAAAGAUCGGUGAC